AUGAUGAUGCAACCGAAUAAUCAAGCCUAUCAGCCAUCAUCUCCCACACAACCAUCUCAAAUCCAUCAUCAUCCACAGCAACAGCAGCAACAAUUUUCACCACCCUUCUACUAUCCUUCUUCAAGAUCAUCAUUAUCUUCUUCCAUACCACGGAGUGAUAACAACUCGACUCAACACAACACUUCGAUGAUGUACAUGAAUAGUCCAGCAAUGGCCUCUCCCAUGGGUUCCACUUCAACAGGGUCUUCUUCUUCCGAUUCUGCUCCGAGCUCUCCUUCUCUGGCACAAGAAGGACGAAGCAACAGACCAAGAAGGCUAGCCAUGACCAGUAGUACACAUCACAUGCAACCAUUGAUUCAGCAAGCACCAUACCAACAACACGUAGGCACACCUUACGGAAUGAUGCAACAAGGUUCCAAUCAGUCUCCGAAUGCAAUGACGCUGAUUCAUCCUCAACAACAACAACAACAACACUUUUCCAGUCCAAACCAUCAUGUGCCAAUCCUAUUACCAACAAAUAAUAAUCAUAACAAUGGCAAUCCCAUCCAUGCCAACACAACGAACACUACGACUAAUGCAUUAGUGAACCAACAAAAUUCAAACCAAAUGGUGGAUUCCUUUGUCCUAACGGAAGAUGAUGAAAGUAGUCAUGUAGCUCAACUGCAAAAUAUUCAACAACAACCACAACAACAACAACACUACAACCCAUAUUCAAGAAAUAAUUUAGCAUCGAAUAGAAGAGAUAUGGUAUCAUCGUUUGGAGUUUUGGAAAAUGAUGACGAAGAAAAUUAUGAUAUUGACCAAAACUUUUCUCCUCCUCUCAAUCAUAAUAACGAGUUAUUGAAAAACAACGUGAAUAUUACAACACAAAUUGCAAAUGAUAUGAUCAUGACCGAUUCCGAUAUAGAAUUAGAUUUUGGGUCAUCCUCUCUAUUUCAACGGAGGCCUGUAAUUCCAGCCCAAAAUAUGAAUGCAAAUGUAAAACGUUCAAUUUUAGAUCCUAUUAAUGAACGAGCUCCUCAGAAAAUAGACUCAGGUCAACAUGUGAUUAAUCAUGUUGACUCUUUUGGUCAACUGAAUUACUCAAACUCUGAAAUUCAACACACGAAACAACCAACCCUCAAUGAUGACGAAGAGUACGAUCUAAUGGGACUUUCUGAAAUAGGAAAGAAAUCGUCUGCAAGUCCUGAAAAUCAUUAUCUGCCCGUUAUUUCUCCAAACAAUUAUUCGCAUCACACCAAUGUAAUUAUUAACGGCAAUAUUGGCCAAUAUUGUGAUUACAAUUGGAGUGUAGGUGAUGUCAUUACUGAUAUCAAAAAUUCAAAAUCUUUCAAACUUUUAGAACAAUUAGGUGAAGGCUCAUUUGGAGCUGUGUUUCGAGUGAUUCACGUGGGAUCCAAUGUACAGUAUGCUUUGAAGCGAAUUACCAUUAACGAUUAUCAAGAGAAAGAGGUUAAAUUAAUGAUGAUGUUGGACCAUGAAAAUAUUGUAAAAUAUUAUGACUCGUUUAUGGACAGCAACAAGAGGUAUUAUUGUAUACUAAUGGAAUAUUGUAGUGGAAAGCAUUUAGAUCAUUUCUUGGCAGAGUUGAAAGAAAUUAACAAUGAGAGCAAGGGCUUAAAAACGGUAUCGAUGGAUGUCAGAUUUUUAUGGUUUGUCAAACUUCUUGAGGUAUUGCAUUAUCUUCAUCAAAAUAAGGUCAUUCACAGAGAUCUAAAACCUCAGAAUAUAAUUAUCCAAUACAAUUCUGAAAAUCUUAGAAACAACUUUGAACAAGAAAUCAGAAAAAUCACUUUGAAAAUUAUUGACUUUGGUCUGGCGAAGCAGCUUGUGCACAAAAAUUCUACAUCUACCAUUUGUGGAACGAGAGCCUACGUUGCCCCUGAGAUUAAACCAGGAGCAGAGUAUGAUUACAAAGUUGACGUGUACAGUCUGGGUAUAAUAUUCAUGCAGUUAUCAGCUGGAUUAAACGUCAAGGAUUUUCAGCAAUUAAUUGAUCAACGAGCACGACGACACAAUACUGAUUUCUGGUCAUUCAUGAGGUCAAGCUAUUAUUUUGACUUUAUUCAUGAUCAUGUUUUUGAUAUAGGAACCAAAAGGAUUGUGCAAAUGAUGGUUUGCUCAAGAGAAGACAGAAAAAGCGCGGCAGAAAUUUUAGAUCAUACUAUUAUCCAAACGUGGCGAUUUAUCUUUGAGAAUGAUUCAUCCAAGUUGUUAAAUAUUUUGAGCAAACCAGAAUCAAUUUUGGGCUUUUUAAGUGGUCUCGACUCGAACAAUGCCUACCUACCAAGGUCCAUACUUGGCAUGAAAGAUUUAAUUUCGAAUGAAAAAUUAAGGUCCAAGUGCUGUGAACUUAUUUCCGAAUAUAAGGUUCUUCCUGUGUUGUUGUUCUAUGUCUCGAGGAAAUUAUUUUCUGAGAACAAGAACCUCCCUGAGCAAUCACACACUCCACAACAACAAAAGACAUCCGAGAUGUUUGAUGAAAUUUUCAAAAACACUCUCAACAUCAUUGCAAAAGUGAUGAUCUAUUACGACGGACAGCCCAAUAAGGAACGUAUCAAACGAAUAAUACGAGAAAUGAGAAAUGAAACAUCACUACUGCUCGUUGAUGACUUGGGACGAUACUCGACUACUUGUAUACUAAGUUUUAUUCAUGCCAAAAUCUCUACUAACCCUAACUUUUUCUACACACUACCUUGCUUGAGAGUAGUAUUUAUGCUAUGUAAAUAUGACAAAUCAGCCAGAGUUGGUUAUUGUAUUUGGUUGGAGCGACACAAAUCAAAGAUUGGGAAAAUUGAUGAACCUCUCCCCGAAAAGAAGACUGAGCUACUUCGAGGCAUUUCAACAUAUAUGUCUUUAAUUGAGCCAGGAUAUUCAACAUUAUUGUCACUGAACAAUUUUGUUGAUCCAAUAUUUGUGGAGGCAUUUAAUGAAAUACCAUUUCACCAUAGACGACACCAUAUCAAACAAAUAUGGAAAAAACUUGGACAAUUGUUGACAUUGUCAUUGGAUAAAGGCGAUGAAAAGACUGCAGAAAAAGUACUUGGUGUUAUGAACAAUUUUCUCUAUGAUUAUCACCAAUUAGAAAGAAUUACCACAUAUAGUGGUGUCAGCAACACCAAGUUUGCAACGAUAACAGGCGACUCAAAUAUUUGUGGACUGCCCAAUUCUACGUAUUAUUUAAUUCCUAAUGGAACCUCAACAUUUGGACUUGUGAAAAAUUAUGCCCAUGUUGAUCGUCAAACAUUAAUUUAUCAAUUACUUUGCAAUGAUUUGAAUCCACACGAUAUUAAGAUUUGCAAUUUCGAUCAACCUCCUUCCAAUAUUCUCAGCAAUGACAAGGAAAUUGUGAAUGACUUUCUUGGAUGUUUCUCUCCUGUUUCUCUCAACCCUGUUGAUUUUUCACAUUUACUGAAUUUACCAGGCUCACCUCUGACAAUGGUUGACAACAAUCGUACUUUUUAUUUUCAUUCAAAUCGAGCUACCAAGAUGGCCAUAUGCACCAAAGAUCCUCUAUUUUUCUUUCAACCACAAGGAACUGAACAAAAAAUCAAAUUUGGUCAAUCUCCAAAGAACUUUAAAGACACGUCAAGAAGCUCUACAUCCACUAUUUUCUAUUAUGAAGUGCAAAUUCAUAGGUUGGUAUCUUCCAAAAUUGCUGUUGGUAUUCUUGCAAGAUCCUCGAUCAAUGAAAAGACAUGUAUUGAGAGAAAAUAUAUUUUUCAUGCUCAAGAUGGUUUUGUUUUUAUUGCUGCAGAUCAGAAAGAAAUACUGUACAAGGAAUUGGAAAUUGUAGCACAUUGUGGAGACACGAUUGGAUGCGGAUUUACAAAUCAAGGAGAGAUCUAUUUCACAUUGAACGGAGUUUUCUUGUUUUUCGCCUCUCUUCAUCAACGCAUUGCUCAUGCCUCAAUAUUUCCCAUGCUAGAGGUUCUCUCCACUCCCAAUGAUGAAUGCUUGUUGCACUACAAUUUUGGUGAAAAUCUUGAGAGUGAACCUUUUGUUUUUCAACAUCAACAGCCACUCGUCAGGGAUGCAAGCAAAGAAUUAUUCUUCCGUGAUUCGUUGAGUGUUGUGAAAAAGAUUAAUUUCCAACAAAUCAGCUCGAUGGCAAAAGCAAAAGAGUUGCGAAGAUGUCUAGAAAUGAAUUACAGAAAGCUUUCUGAAUCUGAAUAA